AUGGUGUUUGAUCCUAAACUUUUCAAAUAUGCUUGGGCGAAGAGAGUCAUUCCCAUAUGUGUUAUAUUAGGAUUAGGGUAUAUUGAUUUUGCAUGCUUUUAUGCCUUGGGAUAUCGAGAAAUAUACAAAUUUCAUUCGCAUGGUGUGGCCAUAAGUCUAUGGGUCAUUUUGGCUUGGUGUGAAGUAUGUGUGAUAGCAUAUUGGGUAUUGUUGGUGGUUACAGGACCCGGGAAAGCUCCUCGAGUCAAGCCUUUCAAUUUGUAUAGUUCGGAAGAUACGUCUGAUUUGACUCCUGUUCCAGAUUAUUUCUUUUGUGACGAAUCGGGGUACCCAUUUUGGUGCUCCCAAUGUCAGUCAAUUAAGCUUCCGAGGACGUUACAUCUGAAGGAUAGGAAUUACUGUAUUCUAAAAUUUGAUCAUUAUUGCGUUUGGGUAGGUACUGUUAUUGGACAGAGAAAUUAUAAGUAUUUUUUGAAUUUCUUGAUUUGGUUCCUAAUGUUUUUCAUAGUUACGUUGAUAUAUCUAUCGCGAUAUACUAAACUGAAUUAUGAUCGGGGUACCAAAGAUAUUGAUCAUAAUUAUAUUGUUCUUUAUAUUUUGAGUGGAUACUGGAUACUCAUAUUACUGUCACUAUUAGCCGCACAUUUAUGGUAUGUCGUUCAUAACAUGACUACAAUUGAUGAUAUGAAUAUAAAAAAAGUAAAAAGAUAUUCAAGGUGGACAUCAAACAACGAUAAAACGAAACGGAAAGACGUCCGUAAAAUACCUGGGGAGGAAACUGGAAUACGAUAUAUUAAUAUUAGAUAUAACGACACAAGAGUAAUCGUACAGUACACUCUUAAUGAUUUUCCUUUUUCUUUCGGGUUUAAAAGAAAUUGGCAAAAUUUGUGGUUAAAUAACAAUCGAACUAACGGUGACUUCACUCAACACGAGUCAUCAUAUUCACGUAAACGAUUAGCCAUAAGUUUUCUCUUAUUUUUGGUCCCAUACGUGGACUUGGUAUAUCCAUCGAGGGAAAGGAUAAACGUCAGUGACGUAGAAAAGUCUACGUUGGAUAGCCUAUACUCUCAUAGACUAAUUGAGUAUGAACAAUAUAAUGAUAGACUAAACGAUAAAUUCUUAGACUAUAUUAACAGUAAGAUUAAGAAUAACGAGUUUCAUAUGCCUCGAUACCUUUCGCCUCUUGCAGAAGACCAACAGUCAUCUAGUGAAGGUAGUAGGCCUGAUAAUAUAUAG